AUGAGUUUUAAUUUACCUAAUCCAAGUCUACUAGGUAUAUUAUUAGCUAUAUCAACUCAUAGUGGACCUCAAUUAGUUUAUAAAUAUCCAACAAAUUUACAUUCUCAACAACAAAAUACUGAAAAACCAAAAACAACUGAAGAAACAAUUGAUUCUGAUGAAGAUGAUGAAUUAUAUGAAUAUAAAAAUAAUGAUGAUGAAUUAGAUGAUCAAAAUGGUCAAGAAUCUUUAGUGAAUGAAAUAACUGAUGAUAAAGAUUUAUAUGGAAUUACUAAUGAAAAUUGGGAUAUUCAUCAUUUAAAUUAUUAUAUGGGGACAAGAUUAGAUUUGCGACGAUUUUUAGAUCAACAAGAUGAUAGAAGAGAACAACAAAGAAAGAAUAAGAAGCAACAACAACAACAACUACUGCAUCAUCAACAUCAACCAUUAAUUAAAACCAUAUCCAAGUCUAGUUUAAGUCAUAGUCAAAACAGUUUAACUUCCCUAAAUAAAUUUAGAUCAAUAAAUGAUGAAAUAUUUGGAAUUGGACCAAGUUAUUUAAUUGAAAUGUUAGCACCUCCAAAAACAAUGUGUAAUACUAGAUUUGAAAUGACAAUUGAAGGGAAAAUCUUUUUAGGAUUACCAAUCCACAAGAAUGAUGAUGGAACUUGGAAAAAUAAUAAUAAAACAAUUUCACCAAUAAAAAAUAAUUUAAAUAUGUUUCAUUUAGUAUUUAUAAUGAACCCUCCUAUAAUCGAAAAUAAUUAUAGAAUUGAUGAAAUGUUUCAACAUGUUGUAUCUAAAAUUUCUUUAGUGUUACGACAUGCACAAUCAAAACAUGAUUAUAUUGGUCAACAAAGUAAAUUAAUUCAAACAAUUCGUGAACAAGGAGAUGAUGAAAUUACAUUAAUUGAAAAAUCAUCAUUAUGUAAAAUGAUUUUUGAUUGUUAUACAGCUAUAAGUAAUUCAAAAGUUGCAAAUUUAUUAAUAGAUGGUAAAAUUAAAUCAUUUCAAAUACCUAUUAAAACUGAAUUUCAUUCAUUACCUGACCCCACAGUUCCUUAUAUUCCAGGUUCAUAUUUAUCAUCAACUGUUAAAAUUUUAAGUAAUAAUGGUAUAGUAAAUGUAGGAGAAGCUUCAAAAUAUGGUCAACAAUUAAAAUCAUUAUCAGAAGAAGAAGAAGAUUCAGAUGAAAUUAUAAUAUAUUUUGCUUUACUUUUAUUAGAUGAACCAGAAAAUAUAAUAAGAGAUAUAAAAACAUCAACUGAUUCAAUAUUAGCAAAAUUUAUAAGAAUGAUUCAACCAACAGAAUCAUUAUUAAAAUUAUCACUUAGAAAUACUCAAUUAGAUAUAAGACAAAUAAAAUCAUUUGCAUUUCAUUUAAUUUAUUGGAGAAGAGCAAGAAUAAUUCAACCAUUAAGUUCAAGAUCAGUAUAUAUUAUAUCACCAAUGGCUCCAUUAACUAUAAAAUUAUAUGAUGAUAUAACUGAAUUUAAUAUAAAAUUCCCAACAUUACCAUCAUUACCUCAUUUUUUAAAAUUAUUAUCACCACAAUCUAAAAAACCUCAACAAUUUGCAGCAAUAAUUCCAUCAAGAGAUCAUAGAGAUAGUUAUUUACAAGCUUUAGCAUGGUUAAAUAGAUUUGGUUAUGUUACUCAACAAUUAACUUUUAUAUGGUUAAAAAUUUCAAGAAAAAUAAAAAUUAAAGUUGAAGAAGAUAUUGAAAAUGAAAAUUUAGCAAAAAAGAGAAAAAAUUCAAAUAACACUAAGAAAGAAGUUAUUGUAAAAACAACUGAUAAUUCAUCAAAACAAAAAGAAAGUUCAAAUACAUUUUCCAAAAAGGAUUUAAACACAUCAACAACAUCACUGAAUAUAGAGAAAUUAAAAGAACAAUUAAAUCAAAAUAAUUCAGUUUCAUUAUUAGAAGAAGAUGAUACAAUUAUAUUAGAUCCAGGAAGAGCAUCAACAUUAGAAAGAAAAUGGAUAAAUGAAAUAAUUUUUAAUGAAUGUAAAUUAUCAAAUGAAUUAAUUAAAAUUUUUUAUAAAUUAUUAAAAUAUAUGAAUGGUAAAUCACCAUUGGAAUUAAUUUUGCUAAAAGAUAAUGUUUCAAGAAAUGAAUUAAAAAAAUUGUUGUUUGCUAUUGAAGAUUAUAUAAUUUCAGUAAGACAUUGGUAA